AUGAGCCUAACGUUCACAAUGAACUUCACGACCCUCUUGUUGAUCCUCCUGGCGGUGGUUUCGACCCUCGGCUGGUUCGUCCGGUACCGCUUCCUGAACAUGUACAGUCGACUGCCUCCCGAGCCCCAGCGCAAGGAACCUCAGAUCGACCUCUUCCCCGAUGUACAAGGAGGAGACUCGAAGCCGGGACUGGCCAAUUACCUCGAUGAGUUCCUUAGUGCUAUCAAGGUCUUUGGCUACCUGGAGCGGCCCGUCUUUCACGAAUUGACGCGGACAAUGCAAACGCGGAAGCUGAUCGCGGGCGAGACGUUGAUGCUGGAGGAAGAGAAGGGAUUCUGUCUGGUGGUGGACGGGUUGGUGCAGAUCUUUGUCAAGUCCACCAGGGACGGGAAGUCAGGCAGCGAUGAUGAGCUGCACCACCUUGGGGCCGAAUCCUCGGACGAGGAACACCACAUUGACGGGAAGCAGGGGUAUCAAUUGCUCACUGAGGUCAAGAAUGGCGCAUCCAUGUCGUCUCUGUUCUCCAUUCUUUCGCUCUUCACCGAAGACAUCCAGGUGUGGGACUCGCAAAGUUCGACCUCCAGCUCCUCUAGCAUUGCUAUGCGCGCCGCCCGCGUGCCAGAUUCGACCCCAAACAGCCCUAGGGGUGGCAUGGACAGUCCCACGCCAAUUUUUCGCGAUGUUCCCGACCCCGUUUCGCUUGUAAAUGAGAAUGGGGACCUGCCACUGGUACCUCCGCUCCAUCUGGAAGAAAGUCCGAUCCCUCCCACCAAUCAUGCCCAUGACCGUCGCCAGCACGAUCAUCGGAAGCAUCAUGGCAGAAAACAUCGGAAGUCCGUCCACCCGGAUAUUGUCGCCCGGGCGAUGGUAGAUACGACCAUUGCCAUCAUCCCCGCCAGUGCUUUCAGACGCCUAACCCGGGUCUACCCCAGAGCAACUGCACAUAUCGUCCAAGUUAUUUUAACUCGUCUUCAGCGGGUUACCUUUGCCACGGCGCAUUCAUAUCUCGGCCUCAGUAACGAAGUGCUGGGCAUUGAAAAACAAAUGACCAAGUUCACGACCUAUGAUCUGCCGAACAACAUGCGUGGGACCGCUCUGGAUCGUCUUAAGGAUAAGUUCAUCAAGGAACGGGACCGAUUGGGUACCGAAGAAGUCACCAAAGGGAUUGCGCUGCACAACCCGUCUGCCGGCCGGAGGCGCCGGUCUAGCAGCUUUAUGAGGAAAGAUGCCGUGCUCCACGCCAAGAUGAUGUCGCCGAAGCGUGCCGCUACCGUCAUUACUUCAGACAAUUCAUAUGAUCACGACUCGGCCGGAGUCAGCCCCGGAGAUCUCCUGUCCACAAUUCAGCAGUCGAGGUUUGGCCCUAGGUAUGAGCAGCCGACCCCCCGGCUUCGGUCCCCCUUGGCCGAGAAAGAAAAUUCCCACUUCCGGCUUCCCGCCAUGCAGGCCCGGAACGCGUUCCACCGAAAAGAGUCUCUGGACGAGGAUGCGCUAUUCCGAGAAUGCAUAUUGGAUUGCAUCAUGAAGGCAAUCGGGCUCACCAGUAGCACCGGAGAGGUGUUGCGUAAGAGCAGCCACUCUGGCGAAGCGUCCCCAAAGCUCCUGUCCUAUGAUUCCCGGCGCCAGAAAGCGGUCUUCUCGAACAAUGCCUUUGGCUUUAUUGAUCCCUACGAAGGUUCCGGCGACGGCGAAACGGAGUCGAUGAUGUCCAUGUCUGUUACAAGUGCAGGAGGCACCUCGCCUGUUACAAGCCUACGGGAAGAGCUGCGGAACGAUAUUGAAAUUGUCUAUUUCCCGCAAGGUUCAGUCCUAGUGGAGCAAGGAGAACGCCAUCCGGGGCUGUACUACGUGAUUGACGGGUUCUUGGACGUGGGCAUGCCAGUCGUUGACAAGGGAGAAGACCUCGUUGGCGUUUCCAAACCGGCGACCGCACGCGAACCUUUCCCAACCCUGAAGCGCACGACAACUGCAUCCUCCAUUAAGCCCAGCGCCACUGCCGCGAACGAUCCUCGCCGGAGAAAGCAGUCCCGCAAAUCGCUGUAUCUGAUCAAACCAGGUGGAAUCCAAGGCUAUGUCGGAGCUGUGGCGUCCUAUCGAUCGUAUACCGACGUCGUUGCCAAAACAGACGUCUAUGUGGGCUUCCUUCCACGGGCGUCCUUGGAGCGGAUCGCAGAGCGUUACCCCAUUGCUUUGCUGACUCUGGCGAAGAGGCUGACCAGUCUCCUUCCCCGCUUGCUCCUCCACAUUGAUUUUGCUCUCGAGUGGGUCCAGGUAAAUGCAGGACAGGUUAUCUACCACCAAGGUGACGAGAGUGAUGCGAUCUACCUUGUACUGAAUGGGCGGCUGCGAUCAGUCCUGGAAAGCGCGGAUAACAAGUUGACGGUGAUUGGCGAAUAUGGCCAGGGAGAAAGUGUAGGCGAGCUCGAAGUGAUGACCGAGUCCACUCGUCCAGCGACUCUGCAUGCAAUUCGCGAUACCGAAUUGGCGAAGUUCCCACGGUCUCUUUUCAACAGUCUUGCGCAGGAGCAUCCCGGAAUCACGAUCCAGGUUUCCAAGCUGAUCGCGCAACGGAUGCGGGACCUGGUCGAACGGCCGGUGACGGAAAAGGGAGCUGAGCGCAGCAGCGCUGGUGGCGUCCAGACUGCAACCUCGACCCUGAAUCUCCGCACUGUCGGUAUUCUCCCCGUGACGGCGGGUGUUCCAGUGGUGGAGUUCGGUAACCGGUUGUUGCACGCUCUGCAUCAGAUUGGGGUGGUCAACGGGGUCACUUCUCUCAACCAGUCCGCUAUCCUGAAUCACCUGGGGCGCCAUGCGUUCAGCAAGAUGGGUAAGCUCAAACUGGCCCAGUAUCUAGCGGAUCUGGAAGAGAAGUAUGGGAUGGUUCUGUACAUUGCGGACACGAAUGUGAACUCUCCCUGGACGCAAACCUGCAUUACGCAGGCGGAUUGUAUUCUUUUGGUGGGCCUGGCGGAAUCGUCGCCUAGUAUCGGCGAGUAUGAGAGAUUCCUCCUUGGCAUGAAGACUACAGCCCGGAAGGAGCUUGUGCUGCUUCACUCGGAGCGCUAUUGCCCACCGGGCCUGACACGACGGUGGUUGAAGAACCGGGUGUGGAUCAACGGCGGCCAUCACCAUAUCCAAAUGGCAUUUCGAUUAACAGCGGAGCCUUCGCACCCAGAGACCAAGCGCUUCGGCACCGUUCUCAAACAGCGAGUCCAGGUUCUCCAGGCGGAGAUCCAGAAGUACACCUCGCGAAGGAUUCGUCAGACACCGCUCUACUCCGCCCAAACCCCGUUCAAGGGCGAUUUCCACCGCCUCGCACGUCGCCUGUGUGGCAGAGCUGUUGGUCUUGUACUUGGUGGUGGCGGCGCGAGAGGUAUCGCUCACGUCGGCGUGAUCAAGGCGCUUGAGGAGGCUGGUAUUCCUGUCGACAUUAUCGGCGGUACCUCAAUCGGGUCGUUCAUCGGCGCGCUGUAUGCUCGCGAUGCGGAUGUGGUUCCCAUGUACGGUCGGGCGAAGAAGUUCGCUGGACGGAUGGGCAGCAUGUGGCGGUUCGCGCUGGAUCUGACAUAUCCGACCAUUUCAUACACCACCGGGCACGAGUUCAACCGGGGCAUCUUCAAGACGUUUGGUGAUAGUCAAAUCGAGGAUUUCUGGCUGGAGUUCUACUGCAACACGACCAAUAUUAGCAAGUCGCGCCAGGAGUAUCAUUCGUCCGGCUACGUCUGGCGUUACGUGCGGGCAUCCAUGUCGCUAGCGGGCCUGAUCCCGCCCAUCUGCGAUGAAGGUAGUAUGCUACUGGACGGUGGCUACAUUGACAAUUUGACCGUCGACCACAUGAAGGGUCUCGGUGCGGACGUGAUUUUCGCAGUGGACGUGGGCUCUAUCGAUGACAACACUCCCCAGGGGUAUGGCGACUCGCUUUCCGGCUUUUGGGUGGCCUUCAACCGCUGGAAUCCGUUCUCGUCGUGUCCCAAUCCGCCAACCCUAUCUGAAAUCCAAGCACGGCUGGCAUACGUCUCAUCCAUUGAUAACUUGGAACGCGCCAAGAUCACCCCGGGCUGCCUGUACAUGCGUCCUCCCAUUGAUGCCUACGGCACGCUGGAGUUCGGCAAGUUCGACGAGAUCUACCAGGUCGGCUACAAAUUCGGCAAGCAGUUCCUCGAGAAGCUGAAGAACGAAGGGUCCCUGCCGCUGCCGGAGGAGACGGAGGAGGAGAAGAAGCUGCUGCGGACGAUGGCACCCCGGCGAGCCAGUAUUUGA